GCCUCGCUAUCUGUAGGCGUCGUGUUCUUACCCUCUUUUCUGGAGGCGCUGCUGCCGCCGCCGCACCCACGUUUAUGUAUUUGUACUAGAGAGGCGGAGUUAAAGGAGGAGGGGUGAAAGAGAAUAUAGAGAGAGAGAAAGAAAAAAGGGAAAGAAAUCGACUAGGGUACCUCUUAAAGGGGGUGGGGGGGAGGCAAUAUCCUUACCACUCAUUUGAAGCAAAAACACAUCGAUAAUCUGCGCGUCACCUCACGUAGAGACUGGCGGCGGUGUUUCUCCCGUGGAAAGAUAAUUCCAUGUGAUAUAGAAGGAAGCCUAAGAAGAGGAAAUCAUUGUCUCUUUGUACAGAAGUUGUGUAUAUGGUAAAAUUAAAGGUUUCCUUCCUCAUAUGUUAAGGAACUUAAAACAACUUGCAAUGAAUGGUGACUCUGGUGUGGGGGUGGUUACUUCCCCACCUCCAACUGCUCCGCACAAGGAGAAGUACUUUGAUCGAGUCGAUGAGAACAAUCCUGAAUACCUCAGAGAAAGGAAUAUGCCACCAGAUUUGCGCCAAGAUUUCAAUAUGAUGGAGCAGAGGAAAAGGGUUUCCAUGAUUCUACAAAGUCCGGCUUUUUGUGAAGAAUUGGAAUCAAUGAUUCAGGAACAACUCAAGAAAGGAAAAAAUCCUACUAGUCUCCUUGCAUUACAGCAGAUUGCAGAUUUCAUGACAACAAAUGUACCUAGUAUGUACCCUGCUGCACCACAGGGUGGAAUGGCUGCAUUGAACAUGAGUCUUGGAAUGGUUACCCCUGUGAAUGAUCUCCGAGGAUCUGAAUCCGUUGCAUAUGAAAAAGGAGAGAAAUUGCUACGUUGUAAGCUAGCAGCCUUUCACAGACUGGCAGACCUCUUUGGAUGGUCACAACUUAUCUACAACCACAUUACAGUCAGAGUCAGCUCUGAACAGGAACAUUUUCUCAUUGUACCUUUUGGACUUCUUUACAGUGAGGUCACUGCAUCUAGUUUGGUUAAAGUUAAUCUUCAAGGCGAUAUAAUUGAUCGGGGCUGCACCAAUUUGGGAAUAAAUCAGGCUGGCUUUACCUUGCACUCUGCCAUCUAUGCAACUCGUCCAGAUGUCCGAUGCAUUGUACACAUUCACACACCAGCUGGAGCUGCAGUUUCAGCAAUGAAGUGUGGCCUACUGCCCAUUUCUCCAGAAGCAUUGGCACUUGGAGAGAUAGCUUACCAUGACUACCACGGAAUUCUUGUGGAUGAAGGAGAAAAGAUUCUAAUACAAAAAAAUCUGGGCCCCAAGAACAAGGUGCUCAUUCUAAGGAACCAUGGUCUGGUUGCUGUUGGUGAAACUAUUGAGGAAGCUUUCUAUUACAUUCACAACUUAGUUGUAGCCUGUGAAAUUCAGGUUCGUACAAUGGCCAGUGCUGGAGGACCUGACAAUUUGGUUCUGCUGGAUCCCGUGAAAUACAAAGCCAAGUCUCGCUGCCCUGAAUCUUCAGGGGGUGAUGAAAAUAGUUCACAUCCCAAAUGGCUGAUUGGGGAGCAAGAAUUUGAAGCUUUAAUGAGAAUGUUGGAUAACCUGGGUUACAGAACUGGCUAUCCUUAUCGUUGUCCAGCUCUGCGAGAAAAAACUAAGAAUCGCAGUGAUGUUGAAAUCCCACCCUCUGCCACAGGUUUUACUUUUCCAGAGGACAGUGACUCUAGCUCUCGCUCCCCUCUCAAGCAAAGUUCUCAGAAACAGCAGCGAGAGAAGACAAGAUGGCUGAAUGCAGGCAGCACAGGCAGAGUUGAUGAAGUGCCUGAAGAAUCUAGGAAUGGUGACAGCCCCAAAUCGAAGACUAAGGUGUGGACGAACAUUACACACGAUCACGUGAAACCCUUGCUGCAGUCUCUCUCGUCCGGUGUCUGCGUGCCAAGCUGUAUUUCCAACUGCUUGUGGAUGAAGGAUGCUGCUGGCCCAAUUCCCAAUCAGUUUGUGCCACUAAACACUGACCCACGUGAGUUCAAAGAGAUGAGGAAUAAGAUUCGAGAACAAAAUUUACAAGAUAUAAAGACCGCAGGUCCUCAAUCUCAAUUACUAUGUGGUGUUGUACUGGAUAGAUCCUUUGCUCAGAAUUUAUCUAUGUGGGAGGAUGCACCUCUCUCAGACUGUACGGAGUUUAUUGAUGGUCUCGAUCUCUCAAAGCAAGCCUUAAAUCCCGCUAACCCUGUUAGAAAGGGCGAAUUGGUGACCGCAUCAAAGGCAAUCAUUGAGAAGGAAUAUCAACCACGGGUGAUUGUGAGCACUGCACCAAAUCCCUUCAACAAACUGACAGACCGUGAACUUGAUGAGUACCGGAAAGAAGUUGAACGAAAGCAGAAGGGGCCUGAAGUUGAGAAUGCUACAGCCCAAAUUGGUGAGACCUUGGCAAAAGUUGAGUUCACUCAAGUGCAUCAAGAAUGUCCUGAUGGCAAGGCAGAUGACAUGGCAAUUAUAUCGCAAAUGCACCCUAUCCUGGAGAAAGUGACUGAUACCGAAGUCGAUCAAAACCAAAGUCUGUCCUCAGUGCAUGAACUUGUUCAUAACCAAGAGGUUUUAGAGUCCCAGUCAGUGGAUGAAAAAGUAAAUGAUCAACAGAGUCCUACAGACCACACACCUACCCGCACUCCUCCCAGCACUCCAACAAAGUUAGAUGAUGAAUUGCAAGUGGAACAGACAUGCAAGGAUGAUAGUGCUGCAACUUUCCAACAGUCCCUGCCAGACCUCACCCCUGAUGAGCCCUCGGAAGCGCUGACCUUCCCGACUUCUGGAAAAGAGGAGUCGGACAGCCCAAGCAAAGAUCUGAGUAGGAAGCUUGAUGAGCUGACCACAGCUGAGCUCCAAGAAGUGCCCUCCACACCACCACCUGAGCAGGUGCCAACGCCACCAGCUGAGGAUGUGGCAGAUGCAGCUAGCGAUGAGUCUCCCAGCAAGUCACCUUCGAAGAAGAAGAAAAAAUUCCGCACUCCCUCCUUCCUGAAGAAGAAUAAGAAGAAAAGUGAAUCCUAAAUAAUACCAAGUUUUUUACCUGGGAAGGCAGGAUGCCCUCAUUUUGCAGAUCGAUUCUAAUUCAUUUCUAGAAUGUACAAGGUUGUAUCGUUUAGUGUUAUGUCUUAUUAAAAACAUCCAUGUAAUGGAAUGCAAAGAAACGUCUAGUAUAGCUUGAUUGAUAUGGAAAGUAACAGGACAUUUUUUUGACAUAAAACAAAAAAAAGGUGCUAAUCCUUUCAGUGCAGUAGGUGCAACCCGCUAAGUGUUUAAUUGCAGCAUGGUUUGCCACUUUGGGGUGAGGUAGAAGAAUAAUGAACCAGAGGAAGCCUUUUUUAAUAAGAUUAUAUUGUAAUGAUGAAUUAAUUGCUUUGUUGACGUAAUAUGCAGAUAUUGUAGUAAUGACAUACAUUUUACUACAGGUGAGACAUCCUGCUUGUGACUGUUAAAUGCCAGCCAUCUGCAAUGCUGCCUAAAUGGUGUGGGGAUGUGUUUUAAGGGAAGGUUAUUACAUGUGACUUGUAAACUGGCACAGAUCAUGAGUUGCUUACUUUAUAAAUGAAUGCUCUAGGUAAAUUGCUGAAUCGUGACUAUCAUCUUUUCAGUUUAAGGCAAAUUUCUCUCCUUGUUUUGUCUGUGCACAAUUUUUAAAGCAAUUGUUGACUGCAGCCCAUUGGUAAACUUGGUACGGUAUCUGUCAACAAUGCUGGGUUCUAUCCUGAGAAUAUUUGCACAAUGAGUUUCCACAUUUUGGAUAUUUCUCAGAGCAAGUUCUUUGGCAUGACCAAUCUUUAUUGCUUUAUGUUCAGGAGCUUAACAUGAAUUGGUUGGGCCGAUCUGGUGACACAUUUAUUCAUUUUUGUUUGCUAUACCAGUCCAAGUACAUUGUGUGGUUGUUUGUAAGGGAAGGAAAAAAAGGUACACAACAUACUCUUCUAUUAGUAAAAUACAGGUUAGAUAAAGAUGAUGGUAAAGUUGUGCUUAAAUGCUGGAAUUGUAUGUAAAACAAAAUUUAGACUUGCAUUUCUGUAGUAUUCUAUUGUAUCUCUAGAGAAAACGCUCCAAUUAUUUUGAAGUGCAGUGAUUGUUUAUGUAGGUAUAUGUGGCAUUUAAAGGAUGUUUUGUUUAGUCAGAAAUUCUGUGUAAUGGCCAACAUGUUGUGUCCCUUUUUUUAAUGUAUUGCUUUAAAAUAUAAAAGAUUCAGCAACAGUUAUUAUGUUUCCUAGAAUUGACAUAAAUAAGAAAUUGGAUAGAAAGGAGGGGGUCAAUUUUUGCCCUGUGCCAAGGCCCUCCACUGUUACUAAUGGAGGAAAGGAAAUUCAUAAAUCCUACAAUGUGAACAAUACAAAUAAAGCCACUUGAGGCCUGUUGUUAAAAAUGGCAACAGCCAAGACUAUUUAGGAUAUGCCAUGUACAUGCUGCCUGACACAUUCUAUCUUCACUAAACAGGGAGUAGAACAACCUCUGCUGAAUGUCCUUAAUUCAUGGUUUUGAUACUGAUAUGAAAAUGUCACAGUUCCACAUAAUUAAAACAUAUGGUUUAUUUCUAACAACUAAUGUUCUGAUCAACUGAAUUUGUCAGAUAAAUAUGAAGAAAAUUGCUUUUAAAUCUUUUGAACAGAUUGAUGGAAACCAACAAAACCCACGAGGGGAGGUAUUGGUGCAAAUAAAUUGCAUCAUUUGGUGCCAACUCCCUACUCCCUUUACACAGAACAUCAGGUAGCACCACCUAUAGCUUCUAGCUGAAAUUCCUCCAUUCCCAUUGGGGAGGCCUUGGUUUGGGUAUCUGUAACUUUUAUGCUGGAGUCUUAACAUGGUUGAUAUGUUGAAACCCAGCUGCUGACUUCCCCUUUCGAAGCAGGUCUGCUGGUGGGUUGAGCAGGGCCAUAGUGGAAGUGGCAGCAAAACAAAAAGCAAGGAGUAUAUUUUGCAAAUAAGAUAUGUAAUGAGGACUGCAUGGCAUCGCUGGCUUUCCGCUUGUAUUUUACCCUUGUAUGACUUCUGUACACUCAGCAAUUUUAAGCUCAUUUUUGUUAAACAGUUAGACUUGUCAGACUUGAAUAUUAACCAUAUGCCACUUCUAAUUAUUCCAAUUUUGAUUCUUGUUUCAGUUCUUAAUCAUCUCCACUUAUAUGAAAGAUUUGUAAACUCUGAUUUUUAUUCUCUUUCCAAUUCUUGUAUCACUACAUGAAGUAUAAGAAUUUAUUACUUUUGAAGAAAUUUAUUAAUUUUGUUUUUAAGUUUCAUUGUAACAUUUGAGUUUCAUCUAUGAAUAAAAUUCUUUCUUUAAACUUUAAA